UACUAUGCAGUUUGGAGUUGCCACCUGUAUUUCUGUUCCUGUUGAUGUCUGUGGACUAGAGGACAGUGACGUUGGUUGGAUUUACGCAUAUCAAUAAGCAAAAAAUAGUCCUUCAGUUUUUAAGUUUAUACUUUGUGUUUUGCCUGGUUCUUAUUGUAACUGCCAGCAACGGCAUUUGCAAGUUGUUUAAGUUUAAGUUUACAUAUUAAUUUCAGUGAUGCAUAUUUUAUGUUCAUUUGCUGUUAAACAGUCCUUGUAAUUAUUAUCGGAGUGGUAAUAAUCACGUUAUCAGUUAAUGGAACUUUUGAGUUGAUUUUUGUUUCCGUCAGGACCGUUAUUGUUGUAACACGCUACAGACAGAGCACAUGGACUACGGAGAAAGUGUCAGCAUUUACGUUAUAACAAGAAGAAAGUGUGAAGAGUUUAACUUUAUUCCCUGUACAUGGAAAAGGACUUGGGUCAUUUCAAGAGUUGUUGCAGAAAGGUCUUUUAACCCCCUUUGUGGUAUUGCGGCCAACGAGUUCUCACGGCAUGUUUGAUGGCACCUGUGUGCAAUAAACGCCCGUCAACACAGAACGCCUUGUGUCCGUGAUGUAUCCAGAGGGGAGUUACAGUGAGAACUCGAUUCCGCUCGGCGUGAGGUGGAACGUGAUGAAAGGAGCCCGCCAUUGACGGAGCUGCAAGCAAGUUUCCCGAGGCUGUCUGUACAUCAGCAUCAAGGCUAAGACGACGCAUACACGGAAAAUCUUAACAAGCUGCAAGAAGAGUUAAAAAGGGCAGUGCAUGACUAAUCCAAGAAGAGAUGCAUUUUAAAUUAAGUUAAAUGUAUAGAAGUGGAUUAACUCAGUGCUUGCUUAAAGAAACUCUAUAAGUGCUAAAUAAGUAUUCUGGUGUACAGCAUGUGUUUAAGUUGAAGUUAUUUUGACUUAGUUCUGUUAUUAUAUUACUUGAACUUUAAAAGAGCAAGCACACAAUUAGUUUGGUUAGAGAAAGUGUGUUCUUAAAUUAUCGCCAAAAGGUUUUAAGUUAAUUUGUGCUGCAAAAAUUUUGGUUAUAUUUCUUGUACAUUUUUUUAACUGAAGAAAAGAAGUAACGUUAGGUAUAAUUAUUUUCUUUCAUUAUUUUACUACAGUAGUAUUCUCAAGCAACUCAAGCUGGUUAAUUUAGCUGCAUUUUUCUUUAGAUAGAUUAAGCACACGAAAACAUUUCCCAUUAUGGAUGAGUGCGGAUCCAACAAGAAUGUUAUAUCAAAUGACUCUGAAGUUGAAGUUGAGCCUCAAGCUUCUUCUGAAGCACCACGAAGAAGCCAAAGAACCCGUAAACUUACUGAGAAAGCUCAAGUAAUUUAUGAUGAUAAAUCAAAGAAACUUAAGGAUCGCUUUACUGUCAGUUAUGAGAAGUGGAAGGUUGUUGCCAAGGAAGCUAAGAAAAUGCUUGAUGGUGCUCCCUCACGUGACAUCUUACAAGAUCUUUUAACCGAGAUACAGUCCUUGUCAACAGAUGCAAAAAGGGCCUAUGAAGACCUACGACAGUGCACAACUCCAGACAGUGAAACCCGACGUAGAGUGGACACCUGCGAUGCUGUAUCAAAGAAAAUCCUUGGAUGUGGACAUUCCCAUCUUCAAGAGAUGGAGGGGAAUCCAGACGUUAAUAAAGAACAAGUGGACUGGGCGGAGGCUGGCUCUUUGCUCUCAUCUGCACUAUCCCGGAAAAGCAGUUCGAGCUCACCGAGUCUAAGGGCAUCAUUCAAAGAACUGUGAAGGAAGAAGCGUAUGUGUUACUUGCAAACGUAAACACCCAACAUGUCUACAUGAAGAUCGUGACAAACCGAGCAGAAAGACAGAACAAAAAGAGAGUAAGAACUACAAGGAGAAGGAAAAAUCAAGCGAAAGGAUCAAGUUUGAACAGAUCAACGAAGCAUCAAGCCAUGCAACUUCAAAUCGAGUGGUGCAAGAUGUAAGCAGUCUAUAUGCAUCUACAGUUGUUCCAGUUUGGUUGUCGACCAUAAGUGAUCCAGAGAGUGAAGUUCUUGUUUAUGCACUCCUAGACAAUCAAAGUGACACUACAUUUAUCUUGCAAGAAAAGGCAGAAAUGCUGAAGUUACACAAAGAGGCAGUGCAGUUAAAACUAUCCACAUUGGCAUCAAGAAACACAGUCAUUCCAAGCCAUAGAUUAACUGGUCUGCAAGUUAGAGGCUUCUAUUCAUCAAAGAGAAUCCCUCUCCCAGUAACUUACUCAAGAGAGUUUAUUCCUGCUAACCUGAGUCACAUUCCUACACCCAAAACAGCAAGGGCGUGGCCACAUCUGGAACAUCUAGCAGAAGAGCUCGCUCCAUUGAUAGAGUGUGAUGUUGGACUGCUCAUAGGGUAUAACUGUCCACAAGCCUUGUUACCCAGAGAAGUGGUGUCAGGAAAUGACAAUGAACCGUUCGCUCAAAGAACAGAUCUGGGCUGGAGCAUAGUUGGCUGUGUCAGUCCAUGCUCGGACUAUAAUGAUUCAAUUGGAAACAGCCACAAGAUUGUUGUAAGACAGGUGGUCCCUGAUCUUCAGCCAACUGCUACACUCACAAAUGAAGUUAGAUUCAUAUGCCGAACUCAAGUCAAAGAGUUGAUCACUCCACCAGAUGUGAUGAAAAUGCUUGAGUCAGACUUUAACGAGAGAUCUGCAGAAGAAGCUCAGCUCUCUCAAGAAGAUCUCCGAUUUAUGUCAAUCAUGGAAGAAGGACUGAAAAUGAAAUCAAAUGGUCACUGUGAGAUGCCUCUCCCAUUUAAGGAAGACAACCCAAGUCUGCCAGACAACAAAGGAUGUGCAAAUCAUCGCCUCAAAUGUCUGAAAAGGAGAUUUGAGAGGGACAAGCAAUAUCAUAAAGAUUAUACAAACUUCAUGACUGAAAUAAUAUCAAAUGGGGAUGCAGAAAAGGUUCCACAUGAUGAAAUCAACAAGAGUCCAGCCUGGUACAUUCCUCACCAUGGAGUGUAUCAUCCCCACAAACCAGGGAAGAUACGAGUGGUUUUUGACUGCUCCGCUAAGUUUAAAGGCGUGUCAUUAAAUGACCACCUGCUUACUGGGCCAGAGUUAACUAACAGUCUGAUAGGUGUUCUCUGCCGUUUUCGCAAGGGACCAGUAGCGGUGAUGUGUGACAUUGAACGUAUGUUCCAUCAAUUUCAUGUAAGAGCAGAACAUCAGGAUUAUUUGAGAUUUCUCUGGUGGGACAACGGAGAAUUUCACACUGAGCCAACAGUCUACCGUAUGCGAGUACACCUAUUUGGAGCAGCCUCAUCACCUGGUUGCGCAAACUAUGGUCUUAAACACGUUGCAGCCCAGGGGCGUGGAUUUUUUAGUCAAGCAGCCAUUCGCUUCAUUGAAAGAAAUUUUUAUGUGGAUGAUGGGUUGAUGAGCGUUACAUCUGUGGACGAAGCAAUAACGCUGAUCAAGGAAGCAAGACAGAUCUGCAGUUCUGGCAGACUAAGGAUCCACAAAUUCAUUUCAAACUGCACUGAGGUACUGGCAUCAAUUCCCAAGGAGGAGUGCGCUGAAACAACACAAAAUCAAGACUUAGCUCUGGGUGAGCUACAAAUGGAGAGAGUUCUUGGAAUCAAAUGGUGCAUAGUCUCAGAUCAGUUCAGAUUCAAGGUUGAGGUGAAUGAGCGACCACUCUCUAGAAGAGGAGUAUUGUCAACUGUGGCAUCUAUCUUUGACCCACUUGGGUUUGUUGCACCAUUCAUUCUAGUUGGUAAACAGAUACUUCAAGAGAUGUGUCGCAACAACAUUGGGUGGGAUGAGCCACUGUCUGAAGAUCUUCUCCCACGGUGGGAGUCCUGGCUCUUGGACUUGAAGAACCUAGCUGAUAUAAAAAUUCAGAGAUGCUAUGUUCCAGACAAUUUUGGACAAGUUCAGCGUUAUGAACUGCAUCAUUUCUCAGAUGCAAGUGCUUCAGGGUAUGGAGUCUGUUCCUACUUGAGAGCAAUCAGCGUGUCACAUCGAGUCCAUUGCUCCCUGGUUAUGGGUAAGGCCAGAGUGACACCUUCGAAGGUCACCACAAUCCCAAGGCUCGAGCUGUCAGCGGCCGUUGUUGCUGUGAGAACCAGUAACCUUCUCAGAAGGGAGUUGGAUAUUGAGACUCAAGACUUCUUCUGGACUGAUUCAAGGGUCGUCUUGGGAUAUAUCAACAAUGAUGCAAGACGAUUUCACAUAUUUGUGGCAAACCGUGUUCAGGCCAUUAAGCAGAGCACUAAUUCGAGUCAGUGGAGACAUGUGACCUCUGAAGAAAACCCUGCUGAUCAUACAUCCAGGGGCUGCACAGUCAAGGGGCUUGUUUCUUCCAAUUGGUUCACUGGACCAGAUUUUCUUUGGUGUGAGAAGCUUCCCAGUGAUGACAUUAAGGUGGGAGACAUAACAGUUGAAGACCCAGAACUUCGAAAGGUCAUUGUGCACAAAAUACUGACUGCAAAGGACUCAUUGUCAAGCCGCUUUUCAAAGUUUUCCAGUUGGAGAAGGUUAGUCAAAGGCAUUGCUAGACUGAGGCGGUGUGUCAGAGAGUUCAAGGGUUUGUCAUUAAGAAACAACGUAGCUUCGAGUCUGGAGGAGAGAAAAGAAGCAGAACUUACCAUCAUAAGCAUUGUUCAACGAGAAACAUUUCCUGAAGAAAUCCAAAACCUCCAACACAAAGGAGAGAUGACAACACAAGACAGGAUUAAGCGGCUGCAUACACUGAAUCCCUUCUUGGAUGAACAAGGAGUAAUGAGAGUGGGAGGUCGGCUGAAACAUUCUACCCUGCAUCCAUACAUCAAGCAUCCGGCAAUUUUGCCAGACAGCAGCCACAUUUCAAAGUUGUUGAUUGAACACUAUCAUCAACAAGUACAACACCAGGGUCGUGGCAUAACAAUGAAUGAACUUCGAUCAAAUGGCAUCUGGAUACUUGGAUGUAGUCACGCAGUGUCUUCCUUCAUCUACAAGUGCGUCAAAUGUAGAAAGUUAAGAAGUGCUCAAGUACAAAAAAUGGCAGACUUACCUCAUGAUCGAGUAGAAACAACGCCUCCUUUUACUUAUUGUGGAAUGGAUUGUUUUGGCCCGUUUUACAUAAAGGAAGGAAGGAAAGAACUGAAGCGUUAUGGUCUGCUAUUCACUUGCUUAUGCUCUCGUGCUGUUCACAUAGAAGUACUCGAUGACAUGACUGCGGAUUCUUUUAUCAAUGCCUUGCGAGCCUUCAUUGCCAUUCGUGGAAAUGUGCGUCAACUUCGGUCUGAUCAGGGUGCUAACUUUGUGGGUGCAAAACGUGAGCUUCAGCAGACUGUAAGACAGAUGGACCAAGAAUCCCUAAAACGAUUGGGUUGUGAGUUUGUCAUGAACACACCAGCUGCCAGCCACAUGGGCGGAGUUUGGGAAAGGCAGAUCAGGACAAUAAGAAGUGUUUUAACAUCUAUUCUCCAUCAGUCCUCCAGCAGACUUGAUAGCUCGUCCCUGCGAACAUAUUUUUAUGAAGUCAUGGCAAUCAUAAAUAGCAGGCCCUUAACGGCGCACUUGCUUAAUGAUCCCACUGGACCACAGCCUCUCACACCCAACCACAUUUUGACAAUGAAAUCCUCAGUCAUCUUGCCACCACCAGGACAGUUUGUGACAGAAGAUGUUUAUCUUCGCAAAAGAUGGCGCAGAGUGCAGUUUUUGGCGAAUGAGUUCUGGUCUGCUAAAUCUCCAGCAGAGGCAAAAAUGGCACAAGGCCCACAGAAACUCGAAGGUCAACGACAUAGUCAUUCUUCAAGAUGAGAGCGUGCCUCGAAAUGCGUGGAAACUGGCUAAAGUUACAAAGGUCUUUCCUAGUGCAGAUGGUCAUGUUAGGAAACUGCAAUUGUUGAUCAGUGAUUCAGCACUUGAUGGUCAGGGAAAACGACUCACUAAGCCAGUAUAUUUGGAGAGGCCUAUCACUAAAACAGUAACACUCCUUGAAGCAAAUAACACAGAGUCAUGAGUAAAAACUACUUACAUUAAAACUCUUGAGUGUUUUAUUUGACCUUCUUCAGUUGUUAAGAAAUCACAAGUGAUUUGGUGGGAGUGUAACUGCCAGCAACGGCAUUUGCAAGUUGUUUAAGUUUAAGUUUACAUAUUAAUUUCAGUGAUGCAUAUUUUAUGUUCAUUUGCUGUUAAACAGUCCUUGUAAUUAUUAUCGGAGUGGUUAUAAUCACGUUAUCAGUUAAUGGAACUUUUGAGUUGAUUUUUGUUUCCGUCAGGACCGUUAUUGUUGUAACACGCUACAGACAGAGCACAUGGACUACGGAGAAAGUGUCAGCAUUUACGUUAUAACAAGAAGAAAGUGUGAAGAGUUUAACUUUAUUCCCUUUACAUGGAAAAGGACUUGGGUCAUUUCAAGAGUUGUUGCAGAAAGGUCUUUUAACCCCCUUUGUGGUAUUGCGGCCAACGAGUUCUCACGGCAUGUUUGAUGGCACCUGUGUGCAAUAAACGCCCGUCAACACAGAACGCCUUGUGUCCGUGAUGUAUCCAGAGGGGAGUUACACUUAUGUCUAUUGAUCUUA